GCCUUUCAGUUCUGUUCAAACACUUUUUUACCAGAAAGUAGCGUAACUUAGAGUAGUAUUACCGAACUUUUGAAAUUCUUGAGUACUAUUCCCUCUCUGUGCAGUAUGAAGGGGUAGAGAAGGAAAGCGCGUGUCUGCUCCCUGGUGUGAGGCAUUCCAAUGAUAUCUUGAGAGGAACAAGAAAAUCCCUUUUGUUGUGUUGUACAAGUUACAUGUGGCCCUUGUCAGAAACCCAGAUGCAACAAUCUGAUAGAAGCUUGAAUGGGGACAUUUACUGCAAAGCCAAAGUUACGAAAACCUCAAGGAGGGAAGCAAGAGAAAAAAGUUAUCCAUCCGUACAGCAGAAAAGCUGCACAGCUUGCAAGGGAAGUGCACAAACAGGAAAAGAAAGAAAAGUUGAAGACUGACAAAGCUUUACGUUUAAGUAUUAUUGGAGAAAAACUGCAAUGGUUUCAGAGUCACCUUGACCCCAGUAAAAUCGAGUACACAAAGAAGGAAGCUGGCGAGCUAAUUGAAAAUUACAUGUGUCGAUUCAAUGCUGAAUUGGAGCAGAUUGAAUUACAAAACAGUAUUAAAGGCAGACAAGGAAGACAGCAUGGUUCACGGGAAACUGUCAUCAAGCAGACAAUAGAACGUGAAAGACAACUCUAUGAGGGCUAUGGAAUAGAAAUCCCAGACAUUAUGAACAGAAAGCAUCUUAAAUUUUUCAGAGAAUGGGAUGGUGAUCUGAGGAAACUCCCAAACAUCAAAAUGAAAAAGCUCUCAGCUAGGGAUGCUGCCUGCAGUCAUCCUGAGGUGAUAGAUGAAGAAGCAAAAGAAGACUUGAAUGAAGGAGAAGAGGUGGGCCCUGAGGAGCACCAGCUGAUUCAAGAGCUGAAAUAGUGAAACAAAUUGUAAGAAACAUAUUUUAAUUAUCACUGGAAACAAAAAUAAAAUUUAACUAUAUUUCUGAAGGCUUUGCUAGUUGCUUUUUUUAUGAUUUGUGUACCUGUGGUAAAGAGUAAACAUUAUUACUGGGUAAAGCUGUAUAUUUUUGGAUAAAAAUUUUUUACUAUAAAUAAAUACUUAAAAUCUUA